CAGAAUGAAAAAAAAAAAAAAUCAGAAAUCUUGGGAUUGCAUUUCUGCUUCUUACAAAUAAGGCUUUUAUUCAGAAUAAAAAUAAAAAAACUACGAAGAUAAAUAAAUUCCUAUCGAUAGGUUUACAACCACGAAGAAGUGGUUAAAUAUAAAUAGAUUUAAUGCAGUAGGGUAGAUGUAUUUUAAGAACAUCAGCAAUAGCGAAAUUUCCGCAGUCAGCAGGUAUUGUUGUGUUUUUUUUUUUUUUUUUUUUUUUGUGGGAGGGGGUCCUGUGAAAAAUGGAAAAGGAAGAAUCCGACAGUCUAAUAGAGAAAGCAAAGCUGUGUUUGCGGUCUGGACGAAGAGACAAAGCGCUUCAGUUAUUAUACGAAGCACAGAAAUUGUACCCAAGUACGAGGACAAGAGCUUUAAUAGAUGCAAUCACACGGAAUGGGAGUGCAGCUGGUGAAGGGAGUAGCAUUCCUGAAUAUCAAGGAAGUAGGAGACCUGGUAACGAAGAAGAGCCUGUACAUGGAACAGGGGGGUGCGCUCAGAGCUACACUGAAGAGCAGGUGCAGGGUGUUCACAGGAUAAAGAAAUGUAAGGAUUAUUAUGAGAUCCUGGGUGUAACCAAAGAUGCCAGCGAUGAAGAAUUGAAGAAAGCCUACAGGAAACUGGCACUGAAGUUUCAUCCAGAUAAAAACUGUGCCCCUGGUGCAACAGAAGCAUUUAAAGCAAUAGGCAAUUCGUAUGCUGUCCUCAGCAAUCCAGAAAAGCGAAGGAGAUAUGAUCAGUUUGGGGAUGAGCAGCAGACGGGGAGCACAGCGCACACAGCAAACAACUUCUACAGGGAGUUUGAAGAAGACAUCACACCAGAGGAGUUGUUUAAUAUAUUCUUUGGAGGAAGAUUUCCUACAGGAAAUAUCCACGUGUAUACAAACAGAGGAGCAACGUUCAGUCAUUAUUACCAACCCCGUCGUCGUCGAAUGAAUGAGAGGAGGGAGGAGGAAGCAGAAGAAAAUAGAAGUCAGAACACUUUCACAGCAUUUCUGCAGCUGUUACCAGUGCUAGUGCUCAUAUUCAUCUCCGUCAUAACCCAGCUGAUGGCAUCCAAUCCUCCCUACAGUUUCUUCUAUAAACCCGCUUUAGGUCUGGUUGUGUCAAGAGAAACACAAAACUUGGGAGUGCCAUAUUACGUGGACAAAGGAUUUGAAAAAGAAUACCAAGGAGCCUCACUAAGAGAACUGGAAAGCACUGUUGAGACUGAUUACAUUGAUUACCUUCAAACCAGCUGCUGGAAGGAUAAGCAGCAAAAAACUGAUUUGGCCAAUUUAGGCAGAUUAUACAGGGAUGAGCGACUGAAGCAGAAAGCAGAUUCGAUGAAGCUUGAAAACUGUGAAAAACUGAACAGGCUGAUUGGGAGGCAAAGGGGGGAAUGAAACCGGCAUCCCUGCUGAAUUCAAGCUGAGCCUUGAAUCCUCCUCCUAUUGUCAGGGUAGUGGGAUUUCAAUUCAAAUCAUUUCAAGUUUGUAAAUAUGUUAGAUUGCACACAAAGUUAGCUACAGCUUAGAUUGCAUGACUGGUGAACAUAUUUCAAGGUGUGUAGGUGGUGAAUGAGGUUUUUCACCGAGAGAAAGAGAGAGAGCAUUCUCGUUGUGUGUGUGUGUGGUUUGCACCUGUUUGAAAAGGAAAUCCUUUUUACUUUCCUUAUAUUAAGGAAUAGCAUUACUGCAAGAGUCCAUUGCUUUUCUUGUAACUGUUAUUUGCGUGCGCGCACACACACACACACACACACACACUGCUAAAAUAACUUGAUGUUACGUUACUCAUCAGUCAUUUAGCUAGACAUUUAAAGACAUGUUUGUUAUGUUUCUUAUUUUUGUCUCAGGAAUGUGGUCUAGUUCAAAACAAUUCAUGACUCUUUAGAAAAAUAAGAACUUUUUAGGUUUCAAAGAAAAUCUGUUUUUGGUAAAUGUGUUUUUUCCCUUCCAUCAGUUGAAAUCAGAAGUCAUACAACCAAAGCUUUAGAUGUUUCCUCAAAUCUCAUUAGCAUAGCUAUCAUCCCUACUGGUUGUUCUGACUGUUAUGUUGGUGAAGCCCACCUGCAUUCCUCUCCCUUGCCCUUCUUGUGUUACAGUAUAGGACCCCACAUCGUUUCCUAUGGGAGGGGGGUUGUUCUGGUGCUGUACAUGGGCUUCUUCUCACGCUAUGCCAAUGACAAAGAACAACGUGAACUCCUAGCUUGUACACAUUUAAGCGUCUUUAUUUGGAUUGGCGGUAAUAUGUUCCCUUUUCUUUAGAUCCAGGAAAUUGUGGCAUUCGAUAACUUUGUGUUCUUGUGUGUCAUGUUGUUUUCAUUUUCCCAUGUGAGGUGUUGGUUGUCAUCUGUGUCGCUGCCUCUAUUAAGCAACCACUUCUGAAGUAGAAAUUAAACAAAUGAAUUAUAUACCAUAGUGAACACCCUUACACUCUUUUAAUAGAAAUAUUUGUAAAUGACUAAAGCUUAUAUCAGGGUUAUAUCAGACAAUACGUGUAACAAGUACUGGGACAGGGGAUAGGGUGUUGCCUGUUUUGCCUCUCUUGCUUGCUCAUUAAAAAACUGUAAUCAUACAGUGCACUGUAAUACCACAUUGUGAUAGUCACCUUUGCAGAAAUCUAUUAUUCAGUCUCAGUACUUGGAGGGCAGUGUAUGAUGUUGCUAUACUCUGAUCUUAAACCUCUCCUGUCUUCACAUUUCUGAAUUCCAGCAUAUUCAGACACUUCUACCCAGUUCUUCCUUUAUAUAUAUUUGUGUGUAUCUGUCCACUGAGUUUUUCUUUUUGAUUCUGUGCUAUUGAAAGGUGUGGCAGUAGCCACAUCGGGGUGCAGUGCUAGGAGUGUCGCCUCACCGCUCUACAUGUAGACGAGCACGUUUCAAUCCUGCCUAUUUAGUCAUGAGCCUCUCGUAAGCAGACGGCCAGCUGUACUGAAUUGUGUGGUGUUUCUGUGGUGAGGUUGAGAUUACUGACCUCAUUAUGAUCCAGAGGUGAAAGGCACAAGAGGCUAGUGAAUUUGCACUCAUCUUUAUCAAACCCAUUCAGCCUCUUGCUCUUUUUUCAGUCUCUGCACUUUAUAUAAGUUAGAAAUGUGAUACCUGUAAAUGUAUAUGUACAUUUUGUAAAAAUAAAUGUAUUUAUUUAAAGUGUACAUGGUUUAACCCAUUUGGACAGGCAUGGUGUAAAAAAGACAAUUGUAUUGUGUAAAUGUUUCUGCUGUGAUAGUGGUCAGAAAUCCUUCACUGAUAAUAAGGAUGGAAACCGUUUCUUAAGACAUUAAACAUUCUGUCUGAGUUCUUUUCUUUGUUAAGUAAACAGAAAGAAAUAUGCAUGACGUUAAACUGAAGUUGACUUGACUGUUACAUCUGUACAAACACUACAUAAAAUUAAAAAAAAAAAAUCUAAUUUUACAAAAAGAUCUCAGUACAGCUUUAAAAAUCUUUGCAUUUUAACAAAAUGCACUUUGAUAUGAAUGAAACUGUUCUAGACUUUUUGAGUUUCAUAUAUAUCAAACUUUAUUAAACAGGCUUUUAAAAAAGCAUUAGUUAAAGAUUCUUGUUGGACCCACAAUGCUUCCUGGUUUAAUUGGUAUAGAUCUCUGUUUUGUAGCUCAUAUACAUGUGGUGAGUGGUUAAAGUGAGAGGGGGCCCUGCUGGGAAAAUCACUAAGAGUAUCCCUAGCCAUAUGGAACAAUGGCCAAGGGGAGCUGAAACAAUAAUGUCGGAUCAUUGAAAGUUUGU